AUGGGGCCAGGUCAGAUGGGGUCGGGGAGUCGCGCCGGCCGCAUCGCCGAUGCGUUGGCGAUGCCGUGCGAUCCGGUGCUCGUGAGGGAGGUCUACUCGGGAGGCUCGCCCGCCAGCGCGUCGGGCUCCCUGCGGCGGCAGCUGGCCAGGGACGAGCAGGCGAGCGCGACCGGCCUCAAGGCCGACGCUCCAGUGUUCCUCCCAUCCCAGGAUGCCUCCAGCACGAAGGGCUUGAAGGCCGACGCCCAGGCGUUCCAGCCGAGAUCCCACGGCGGCAGCGACCUUGAGCGUUGGGCCGCCAAGGCGAGCGCCUCGCGGCGUGCCGGGCUCAAGGCCAGCGCGCCCGAGUUCCGGCCGCAGGCGCCGGCACCGGCGUGCCCGUCGCGCCCCAGCGGCUGGCAGGAUGGCGGCCAAGCCGGCGGUUGCGGCGGCGGCGGUUCCUGCGGGAGCUCCUGUCUGGGCCAGGCGCCGCAGGGCGACGUCGCGCCCUCGAAGGUUCUGCAGGCCACCGCGACGGCUUUUCAGCCCAUCAUAUCAGCACCGCCUCCGGCCUUCAACCACCUGCAGCAGCAGCAGCAGCUCCCGCAGCCGCAGCCGCAGCCGCAGCCGCUGCCGCAGCCGCACCAGAUGCAGCAGCAGCAGCAGCAGGUGCAGCAGCACGUCCAGGUGCCGCAACAGAUGCAGCAGCAUGAGCAGAUGCGGCAGCAGCAGCACAUGCAGGCGCAGCAGACGCAGCAACCGCAGCAGCCGCAGCAGCAACCGCAGCAGCAGCAGCCGCAGCUGCAGCAGAUGCUGCAGCAGCAGCCCCAGCAGCAGCCGCAACAGCAUUUGCCGCUGCAGCAACCGAGGCCGACGCACCAGCUGCAGCAGCAGAUGCUGCCCCAGAUGCAGCAGCAGGCCCAGCAGCCCCUCGCGCCGCGGCGGGCGCACGCGCUGAUGCCCCUGUCGCAGCUGCCGCAGGACCGCCAGCACCUGCUGGGCCCGCAGGGCCCGCAGGCGCAGCAGCCGCAGCAGCCCGUGGGCACAUACCAGACCGUGCCGCUUAGCCUGCCGCCUGCGGCCGCGGGGCAGCCAGGCUGGGCUGGCAAUGCUGGCAGCGCAGGUCCGAGCGAGCAGCAGUGGGGCCCUGGCGCUGCGUCCGCGCCGCAGCAGCCCUGGUCGCAGCCAUCCGGGGGCCAGCCACAGACGCCGGUCUACUCCGUGGGAGAGUCCUUCGGCACAUUCAGUGGCCCGGGCGGAGACGCGGGCGCGAGAAGGCCGCCCUGGUGGACCUUUGGUGGCGGCUCCGUUGCCGCCGCGGCCGGCGGCUGCGCCUGCGGCGAUGGGGCGGCCGCAGAAGGCGAGCGGCCGUGGGCCUCCAGCGUGGGCGCCGCUGGUGGCGCGCAGCAGCCUUGGGCGUUUGACGUCGGGAGGCCGGCCGAGAGCGCGGCGGACGAGCAGUGGAGCUCGGACAGAAGUGCUGGGGCCGUCAGGAACGGCGUGGCGUGGGCCCCGGCGGCCGCCCGCCCAGGGGACGCUCCCGAGCCGGCGGAGCCGAGCUCUAUGAGGUCCCAGCCGAUGUGCGACGACGGGGGCGACGACGACGACGAAGUGUGGGCGUCGAUCGCCAGCAGGGUGGACAAGAAGGCCAAAACGCCGACCAGGGGUGCUGAAACGUCCACGGGCGGCGCCGACGCUGGCGUCCAGGGCCGCCUGACGGUGACCUCCAGCCCGUUUCGCGACAUCCGUCUGAAGGAUGCGAGCGAGAGCAACCUUAGCUGGAGAGACGCCGCGGCGGACGAGUCCCGCCAGGGCGCCGCCAGCAGCGUCUCGCAGCUGCCCGCGGACAGGAGCCACCGCCAGCACAGCAAG